CUAGUUGAUUAUGGAUGAAACAUUGAACCAAAACGAUCAUAAGAGUGGUUAGGUAGGAGAAAUGAAUUAUCCAAGGCCAUUUUGGUAAACGAAGAGAAUAACAAAAGGGAAAAUCAAAAGAAAGGCGCCAAACUUGCCAAUCAAAACCAUGGCGGAUGGUGUCGAGGUGAAGUGAGAAUGAACUGGACAGAGAUAAGAAGACAAGAAGGGGGUGGGGUUGGGAUUUGGGGGAAUGCCGGGAAAUCUGGCCAUGGCAGUUAGCGAUUCAAACUUUUCUCCGCUUCGAGUUCCCCCCCAUCUCCCUUCUUCUCUCUUUUUCCUCCCACCCAAUUCGGCCAGGCUCGAAAUUCAAAACCUUUUCUCCUUGGCACUUUCCAAUUCCCACUCAAACCCUAAUAAGUAAUACUACUUUCCCUCUCUCUCCAUCCCCAAUUCUCCUUUUAAUCUGAGUUGAUCGUUCACCUGUUCCUCUAAAUUUAAUCAAGCCGCCGACCCACUCCCCAUUCCUUCCUCCACCUUCUUUCUCUCGUCUUCGACCACUUCCUUUAUUUACCCUCUGUGUCCUUCUAACCUUCUUCUUGUUCUCCGCCGGAAUUGCAGUAUCUGGUUGCUUCAGAUCAACAAGGUCAGUGAACCCGUGUGCUUUCAUUUUCCCUUUAAUGGGUUCCUCCCUCUGGGCGAUUGCUCUGGUUUGCUUCCGUUAUCAGUGAAUCAGUCAACAUGUUGGAGCCUUCUUUUUUCUCUUUUACAUGGGUUUACAAGUUAUACUUGGCUGUACAGUCGCUGUCUUUUAACUUCACUGCUGCUUGGAAAGUUUAUAACUUUUCCCGAUUGAACUUGAUGUAAAUCCUACAGCAGUCUUGUACGUGGUAGAUGUGAAUUGGGUACUCAAGGGAGUGCCUUUUUUUCUUUUGGUUCUCGUCUCUAGAUGAAUGAUCUGCUUGGUUGAAUUGGUGUAUGGAGAAACACUGUUGAUUAGUAGUAUUGAUAUGCAGAAGCUUCACCAUGAAUUGUUUGCUUGAUGAAUGAACUUAACAGGCUUAUGCCAGUAUGCCACAGUUGGUUGCGUGAUCCUUUGGAAAUAAAUGUAUUUGUUGAUCUGGACGGGGUAACUAGCAAACAAUUUGGACCUAUGAUCUAUGUCUUGUUGAUUUGAAGAGGUGUAAAUGGAUAUGAAAUGUUGCUUAGCUGGUGAAAGUAUGAAAAAGGAUUUGUUUGUGCAAUUGAGCCGUACUAGAUCUGUUCCUUUUUUAUGCUUUCUUCACUUGCUCUCUGUAUGAUAAGGCUGCCGUCGAUCUGGUGACACUUUGUAAUAUUUCUGCUUCUUUCCCAAUUGAAUUUCUGAAUUUCCAAUUCUCAUGCUAAUGAUGUAUGAUUCUUUUGACAGGGAUGGAUCAGAAUUUUCCAAACGUCCUGACUGCAGAAGAUGUUGUCUACCCUGAGAAGGAAGCUAUGGAUCUUCAGCAAACCAUGCCUGAUUCCAUUUCUGAAGCGGAUGAAGUCUAUACAAUUUAUGACCCUGAUUCCCCUUUGCUGACUCCUGAUACAAAGCUGGGUGGAAACAAGGUCCAUCACCAAGUUGCAUCUGCCAGUCCUAGUGGUGGCGCCAAUAGUUCUGAUCUCUCCUUAAAGGAUGGAUCUGAAUCAUCUGUGUCACAGUCAGACUCUGACUCCGAAUCUUCCAACUCUAGCAAUGCCUACUAUAGUCUCCCUUUAAACAUGGGUCGGAAGGGACUGUCGUACCAGCUAGGGAAUGACGAAAAGGUAGAGAUCGUUGUGGCUGAUGAAAAUAAUGCAACUUAUGAAGAACUGCUCAGGAAAGUAUCCAUGUACGAGAGCGAGUUGAAGCUUUCAAACCUAAGGCUGCAGAAGUCAGAGGAAGAGGUUUCCGGGUUGAAGAAUGAACUGAGAAAGGGUGCUGAAAGUAUGCAGUCUCAACUCCUAUCUGCUCAAAGAGAGAUCAAAGCUAGAGAAGGCGACCUUGAAGUUGAAAGGAGAAGAGUUGUGGAACUGGAGAAUAGAAUAGCUGAAGGUGCGUCAGAACUGCUGCACCAGCUGGAGUUGGCUAGAGAAGAGAUAGCAGCAUUGAAGGAAAGCAACUUGAGUUACAGAGACCAACUGUCGGACCAAGAUGAAGAGGCGAAGGAGCUGAAAGCUGCAAUGCUUUGCGUGGAGGUGAAAUUCCAUGCUGAAAGGUCAGAAUUGCAGUCUUGCAUAUCAACCAUGUCAGAGCAACAGACGCUGCUGGAGGCAAGCAUCAAAGAAUGCGAAGCUGAGAAGGUGGAGAUGAAAGCUUCGCUUGAUGCUCAGGCAAUUCAGUUUGGAGCAGAGAUAAGUCAAUUGAAGGCAGAACUCGCUAGCAGAGGUGACGAACUGGAAGGCUUGAAUAAGAACUUCGACACCUUCAAGCACAAACACGACAUGGUCGUGGUGGAGAAGGAUGAGUUGAUUGCUAAGGUGAACACCAUGAAUGCUGAGCUGCGCUGCCAAGAUGAACAGAGAAGGGAAGUGGAGGAGCAUCUGAAAAGGUUGAAUCUUGAGAAUGGGGAUUUGAUUGCUGACUGUGAGAGUGGAAGGAAGUUGGUAGAGGAGCUGAGAAUGAGAGUGGUGGAGCUGGAGAAGGAAGUGGAUAGGCAGAAGGGUGAGCUCUUAGCAGGUGCUGAGGAGAAAAGGGAGGCGAUUAGGCAGCUGUGCUUCUCGUUGGAGCACUACAGGAGUGGUUACAAAGAGCUUCGUGAAGCAUUUGUUGGACAGAAAAGGCUUCGUGUUGUAGCCUAGUAAAGGGGAAAAGAAGGAAGCUUUGCAGUGUGCUGGUGAACUGAACUGAAAUGAAGCUGCUGCUGUUCGUUGAAGCUUAUGUUUUCAAUAGUGGGAUGUACUGUGAGAUAGGUUUGGUUGGGAAAGCAUUAAGAUUUAUCUAAACGACGCUCUUUUUCUGUUGUUCGAAUUAUUGUUACUAAUUGUUUCUUCCUAUGCAAGUUAUAAGUCAAAAGUAAUGGAAAAGCCAAACUGCAUAAUAGCGCUGUUUUUUUAUAAUGUUUUUUUAGUAAACACUAAUCUGUCUU